CUUAAAUGCUUUUUCUUUUGUCAAGUGUUUACCAACACUUGUGUCUGAUUUCAUUUCAUUUGCAUUUGGAAAUCAAUAAACAUAAUAUAGAGAUAGAGAAAUCAGAGUCAGAGGUUUAGAGAGUGGAAGGAGAAACAGAGCUUUCAAGAAAAAAAAAAAACAAGUGGUUGAAGAAGAAAGACGUCAAAGCAGAGGAGGAGGAGUUGAAAGACAACUAGAAUUCUGGGUCACAAUAAAUCCAACCCCAUUUUUGUAGGUCUAAGAGGAGGAGAGGAGCUAGUUUCAGAUGGGAAUUUGUUGGGGUUCUCCGGCACCAGCUGAUAACCCAACUCCAAGCACUACAACCCAAAUCAGUUCAGGGAUAUCUCAGACAACCAGCAAUGCAACUACUUCUAGGGGUAGUAACUACUCUGCAAAUAGCCACUUCUCGGCGGCUAGCGGCGAUCCAGGUUAUCCUGAUGGGCAGAUCUUACCCACCCCAACGUUGAGGAUCUUCAGUUUUGCAGAACUGAAGACUGCAACCAAGAAUUUUAAACCUGAUACAGUUCUUGGAGAAGGAGGCUUCGGAACUGUCUACAAGGGUUGGCUUGAUGAUAAGGGAUCGUCCAAGAACGGAAGUGGAACAGUAAUUGCUGUUAAAAAAUUGAACUCUGAAAGCAUGCAAGGCUUUCAGGAGUGGCAGUCAGAAGUGAAUUUCUUAGGAAGGCUUUCUCACCCUAACCUUGUCAAGCUAUUGGGAUACUGUUGGGAAGAUAAAGAGUUACUCCUCAUUUACGAAUUCAUGCAAAAAGGCAGCCUAGAAAACCAUCUCUUUGGAAGGGGUGCAGCUGUUCAGUCGCUUCCAUGGGAAAUACGGCUUAAGAUUGCAAUAGGAGCAGCUCGGGGCCUGGCCUUCUUGCACACUUCUGAUAAGCAAGUUAUCUAUAGAGAUUUCAAGGCCUCCAAUAUAUUGCUUGAUGGGUCCUAUACCGCCAAGAUAUCAGACUUUGGCUUGGCUAAGUUGGGUCCGUCGGCUAGUCAAUCACAUGUGACAACACGAGUAAUGGGCACAUAUGGUUAUGCUGCUCCGGAGUAUGUCGCUACAGGGCAUCUGUAUGUAAAGAGCGACGUGUAUGGUUUUGGUGUUGUUUUGGUUGAGAUCUUAACAGGUUUACGGGCACUCGAUACAAAUCGUCCAAAUGGGAAACAUAAUUUGGUGGACUGGAUCAAACCGUAUCUAUCAGAAAGAAGAAAGUUGAAGCAAAUUAUGGACAACCGGUUAGAAGGAAGAUAUCCUUCUAAAGCUGCAUUACAUAUAUCUCAGCUCGCUCUAAAAUGUCUUGCAGCUGAACCGAAACACCGACCAUCAAUGAAAGAAGUUCUGGAGACACUGGAACGGAUUGAAACCGCCAAGGAAAGACCAAGGGAACCUAGAAAUCGUUCUACUCAUCCUAUGGCUCACCGACAGGGCCAGCAACCUUUGCACCAUCGUUCUCCACUUCACCCAAGACCAGAUGGACACUAAGCCUACCAACAGUACUCCCCCUUGAGUAAGGUGUCUUGGAUACAACUGCUGCAUACGUGCAUGGGAAUUCCCUUGUAUGCUGAUUUGUUUUUCAUGAAAAAAAAUAUAUAUCUUUCCAUUUUUUCUUUUAUUAUGCGAUAAAGUGUCACAAAUUCUGUGAAGAACCAAAAUUGCUGAGUAUUACUAUUGUUUUGGUGACUUGUAUCAACUUAUUGACUAUGUUAGUGGUACAACUGUAAGUAUGUAGAAGGUCUGGUGAGUUGUGUUUGGUUAUGUUAGCUAGUUAUUAGUUAUUAGUUUUCUUUUUUGUAAUUUUUUGGAAGACUAAUUACUAUAUAAGCUUUUGAUUUCAUAUACGUUUGAACUUCAAAUAAAUUGAUUACUUUUUAGUGAAGACAUGAAAGCAAAGAGGAGCUUAAUCAAAUGACAAAUAAAGACAGAUUACAAUUCAAUUACUCUUUCAUCUUUGAAUACUUUAUACAUGUUAGAACAGUCUAUUAUGGUGAUAGUAUUCCAGAAAGCAAAUAGGAAGUUAUGUAUUGUAAUUCAAAUGCCAUGCAGAACUUGGUGGACUAGUUUAAGCUCAAUAGAUGUCCAAACACUUCAUUAUAUGAACUUGCUGGGAAAAAGCAUAAGCACUCAUUUUCAGAUCUAUUUACAUAGCUUCAAUGGUAUUAUAAUAAGAGCCAUGAAGACUACUGCAGCUUGCAGCCAAGAGGAUCAUAAGAUUGC